AUGGCUAGAUUUGACCUUGCAUUUUCAUCCCUAACUCUUUCUCUUUUGUACAUUGCCGGCACGGCCAUUGCCACCACGACAACCUCAAUCGAGGAAGCAUGCAAAGCCACAAGAUAUCCUGCUGUGUGUGUCGAAACUCUCCAAGCCCACGCUACCGAUCCCCAACCAAGCCUACAGGCGUUGGCCGAGACCACAUUGUCCGCAGGCAUAGCCAAGAUCAAGCAAGCGAAGACAUUCGUGUCGCAGAUGACCAACGGCAAAGGCCUGAGUGCCAAUGAGCAUGCAGCUCUAAAGGACUGUUUCGACGGAAUGGGCGAUGGCCUGGACCAACUGACGCAGUCGGUCCCGGAGCUCAGAAAAAUGGGUCAGGACCAAGGUGGAGACUUUUUGUGGCAUAAAAGCAAUGUUCAAACUUGGGUCAGUGCUGCCCUAACAAAUUAUAGUGAUUGUUAUGAAGAUUCUGAUGAGCCCACUGCUUUGAAUGGUUCUAUUAAGAGUGCAAUAAGGGGACAUGUUGAACCUGCUGCACAAGUCAUCAGUAAUGCAUUAGCAUUGGUUAAUCAACUUCAGCAGGGCCACUGA